AUGGCAAUGGUGUUCCAAGAGAAGUGUCCCGUGUUUGCUCGCUCCGCCUCCAACGCCUCCUCAGCCGCCACGCCAUCCGCCGGCUCAUCUGCCACGUCGACACCCACUCCAACACCGUACCCAUCCUCCCAGCCAGCCAUGCCGACACCAUACCCAACUGGAUCCGGAGCAACACCGUAUCCAUCUGGAGGAGCACCGUAUCCAUCGGCAGGUGCUAUGGGCUAUAACCCCUACAUGAACGUCCCUCAAAAUACACCGUAUCCAAUGGGAGCCGGAGCAACUCCAUAUCCUUCUGGAUCCGGUGCAGCUCCACCCCGUCCACCUCCAGUAUCAUCCCAAUCAUCAGUGGGCAGUGGAAACGGAUCAAUUCAAUCGGAUACGAUUCGAGCGUCAGUGAUGACUGCGGUCGAGGAACGGCUCAGAGCAAGACUCAGGGAGCGAUUGGGAACCAAUAGCGCUGAAAUGGCAUCAAUUCGAACGACUGGAGAUGAGCUUCGCGAGGGACAACAAAAGCUGAAAAAGAUGCUUGAAGAGUUGGAGACGCAAAGAAACAGUCUUCAGACGGCCGUCGAAAUAUACUCGGCCAAGAAAACGGAGCUAGCGAAGGCGCUAUCAGACGCCGGAGGGACAGAUGCUCCGCCUAUCGAUGAGGCUAUCGAUGCCGCGUAUCCAUUGCAUAGACAGAUUGUGAUGAAUUAUGCAAAGGAUUUGGCUUGCGAUGAUUUGAUUUAUGCACUAGGUCAAUCCCUCAAAAAGCGUCAAAUCACAACUGCCGACUACCUCCGCCGCGUUCGUGACGUCUCCCGUGAGCAAUUCAUCCAUCGAGCCACCAUGCAAAAGUGCCGAAGAACAGCGGGUCUUCCGAUCUAA